AUGGAGGCGCUAUUAGCAAAUCAUUCACUCUCGGCUCAAGAAUGGAUUUUUGAUGUAGAUGAAGUAGACCCUAAAACGGUUAAUAAAGAUCUCGGAAUCGAUGAUAAUCAAGCACCCCGAGAAAGUCCACGAACGAGGGAACCUUCCGAUGGAGAUUUUAAGUCCGAGAGUGAGGAGCAAGUGUUAGAAGAAGAUGAAUAUGAGUUUGAUGAGGUUCAAAUAUUGGAAUCUCCGAUUAAUCCAGACCAAGCCGAUUAA